GCUUACCCUCGUCCGUUUUUCUCCAUUUGUUGACCCUAGGACGUUUAAAUAGUCGCCUUUGCUCUGAUUUCUGGGGAUGGCUUCAUUGGUUUCCGUAUAAUUUGCAUUAUUUUUGUCAACAGGGUUCAGUUGUUGGACUUCGAUAUUACCGCCGUGGUUGUCGAAAGGAUUCAGUCUGCGCUUGUAUCUUCUAUACUGUAGGUCCAGUGAUCAUCCCCCUCACCAUUCCCUCCCUCACUUUCCCCUUCUCCCACUAUAUGAUCAGCCUUAUAUGUAUGUGGUCUCAAGACUUUUACUGUUGACUCCCCCUCGAGCAUUGUACUUUGUCUAAAUUCAAUACCAUUCCCAUUCUCUGUCUUGCUAAAUCAGUGUACUAUACCACUCAAAUGUCCUCCAUAACACUGGAAACACAUCACUUGCCUAACUUUUCUUAUCAUAAUCGCAGACACCUGGCUGGCUCUCCACUGCGGACUCUGAGUUUCUCUUCAGAAUCAUCCGCUUCUUCUUUCGGACUUCGUCCGUCGACUUGGAUUGAGCCUUUACCGCUGCGGAAUACUAAUCCGCCGAGUACCUCGGGCUCGUAUUGGGGUCUACAGAGUCCAGCUGCACUCCCCGACUUCGGGAUUUCUCAAGGACAAGAUCCAGCAACCAGACCUAGUAGCAGCUCAAGUUCCUCACCAUCAUUUGAAUCCACCCCGGUCGUUUUUGGUACUCCGCUUGGUUGUGAAUCAGACUGUUUAAGGCCAGAGUACGAUAAUCAACCGCGCUCUGGUCUAUCCAAGCAGAUCCAAGAGGAGUGCCCGAUAGAAAACUCACUGUCACCGUGCUUUGAGGUCCCUAUCCAAGCACAGCUGAAGGCCGACUUGAUGGCAAUUAUGGCAGAUAAUAACACACACAGUUAUGGCUGGCAAAGCCGGCCAUCACAUCCUCUUCAUCCUUCCUCGAUGGCUAUGGACCAACAACCGUUUCCCCAACCACAGACUCUCCCACCAUCGACUGGAUACCACGUCGGAUAUCAUACUCCGCAGACCACAACGCAAGGCUUUUAUCAGCCGGGAAUUCCGGCACCUCAAUAUCUUUGCUCGCCACAUCCAGGUCUGCUUCAAAGCCGACAGCAUCCCCGAAGUUCUUCCAUUCCAUAUGCCUUCCCUAGCAGCCACAUUGCAGGCAGCCCACCAACAAUAGCGGAACAGUCGUUCACUUCAUCGCCUCCCUCAUACUUAGUUAACCAUCAAGAGUAUUAUUAUUCUCAGGCUCCUUCGCUAUCGUCAAAUCCAAGCUCUUUAGCAGUGAGCCCUCAGUCACAACAUAUAAUGACACCAGGAACAGUAUACUCGUCUCCCGAUACAGCACCGGCAGGCUCAGACGCAGAUCAGCAAGUCCGCGUCAUUAGCUUCCGACCGAAACCGCAGUGCUGGGACCACGGAUGCAACGGCCGUGAAUUUUCAACUUUUAGCAACCUACUCCGUCAUCAAAGGGAGAAGUCAGGCGUGGUUGCCAAGGCAGAAUGCCCCAGCUGUGGUGCCGUAUUUACGCGAACAACUGCUCGAAACAUUCAUGUCUCUCAAGGGAAAUGUAAAGGUGGAGGGAGGGAAACAUCAAGCGAGUGAUGACUGCGCCCGUGAGGGAGUGAAUUCUCCAUCGAAUCCCAACGACCUACUUCUACAACAAUACUGUUCAACUCGGAGCACCACGUUGCCUUUUC